UUUGGGUCCUCAUUCACCAGCAUAACAGGUAUAUUGAUACACCAUCCAAAGUGUAAUUAAUAACUUCACCGUGCUCAGCUUUUCUAAAUUUCUACCCAUCUACCAAUAGGUGCCCUUCUAUGUGAGGCAUUGGAAACCUCCCUGGUCUCUGUGGCUGAAUCUGUGUAUGAAAUUCACUGCUUGACAGAGGAACCUUACAGAUAACUGUAUGUGUCUGGUAGAGAGAUGAGGUCGUCAUUCAAAAAUGAUAUUGAACACUAUUAUUGUACACAGGGUGAGUCCAUGUAACUUAUUAGGUGACUUUUUAAGCUAGUUUUACUCCUGAACUUAUUCAGGCCAUAACAAAGGGUUGAAUACUUAUUGACUCAAGACGUUUCAGCGUUUCACAUUUUAUUAUAAAAUACAAACAUAAUUCCACUUUCACAUUAUGGGUUUAUUUGGUGUAGGCCAGUGACACAAAAUGUUAAUUGUAUCAAUUUUCAAUUCCGUCUGUAACUCAAAAUGUGUAGAAAGCCAAGGGGUGUGAAUACUUUCUUAAGGCCCUGUAAGCAGACAAUUCUUUUUUUUUUACCUCCCAAAGUACAAAUCAUUCACACACUUGAUGGCAUCUAUGUAGUCUCUGGUGACACUAAAUGUUAAAAGGAAGUGUUUGACUUGACUAUUCUUUGGCACCGUGUGACAAGAGGUAUGUCCGAGGAAUGUCUGGGAAACCAAGACACCAUUGCGUGCCUAAUCACUUGGCAGGCAUUCUAUUAUUUCUACUGUUUUCGUUGGUUGUAUUGUCACAAGUAGAGAUGUUCUGCCUCGAUUAGGUAAGACAAUAACAAAAGCGAAAGGGUGAGGCCUAUAUGUCUUUGGCCUAUGUGCGAUUGCUUCCAAAUGUCAGCUGGAAUGCCUGUGUGUCUAGGCUAUUAUGAUAAAGCAAGUAUGGAAGGGAGUGGUAUACCUCCUUUACAGGAAGUUACAUGCACCGAGUAAAGAAGAUGGACACAGCACUGACUGGGCCAGCACAAUUUAGAGGGCUGGAAGUGGAAGGACCCUAACGAAAUGGGUUUAUUUCUAAUCUAGGACAUCAACAAUCUUACAUGCUUUUUUGCUUUCAAUUAUCAUUUUCAUUUCCCUUUCACAAUCCGUUUCUACAAUACACCCCCUUCCACACCCACAUCUCAGAACUGAAUGAACAACAUCUCACACACAACCCAAUUACCCCAGUUACCACACACACACCUCCAAUCUUCCUAGGAAAGAGCCCUGCCAUCCAUUCUCAUCAUCCUUGCCAGAAACUGACAGACUGGCUUCCAGUUUUCCUAUAUAAAUGAGUUGAUACUUUACAUUACUGUGAAGUGCACAAUGAAAAGAGACAUCAGGUCAGUGUUAAACGAUUAUCUCUUGUUUCCUAUUUCCAUAACAGCAUGUCACUUUGGCUGUGGUAUCCUGACCACAAUUCCAGUGUUUAAAAAAAUAUAUAUCAACAAGCUUCAUUUACAACAUUCUAAAUGGAUAUCAUAUAUAUUUUUUAACAGCUUUUAAAAACUAUAAUAUUUACACAAGAUAGUUCCUUAACCAUUUAUAAAAUAUAUAGGUACACAACUCUAAUGUUGGUUCCAGUCAAUGAUGCUCUCUUUAGUCCAGAUAAGUGGAGUGGAGGACGUACGUCAUUACUUAAAACCCUUCCUCGUCCGUUGUUUAGGUUACGCCAUAAUGAUAUCGCUGUCAUAAUCCUUUUACAACUAGGUCUAUAGUUAAGAACAUCUGUAAUGAUAUGGUGCCUUUGUGUUUCAAAUGUGUUUCUCAGUGAUAGACACCUUGCCAUUUUUCCCCAUGGCAUUUUUAAUGAUCGAUUCAUGGUUUUUCUUGCAUGUCAAUGCAAGUGGAAGUGAGAGUUGGUGGUCCUUGGCCUUGGAUACAGGUCUUAUGACAGGGUUGUAGACUUCUGUCACCACAACCACUAUUGAACGUCUGAGUUAUACUUUAUUGUCUCACAUUUCCAGGUGAACGAUUAGAAUAUUGAUGCGCCCCAUUCUGGCACAGAGUAUCCAUUACGCACGGCGUUUCCAUCGUCUCUUUUAAUCAAUCAAGGGAUCUAUCUUGGACAUUGUUAUCAGACAUUGCUCUUUGACCAUAUUGGUUAGAUAGACCUUGGUGUAUAAAAGACCUGACACAGACAACUGGCAAUAUCAUUCGCACUUGCGGACUUCGUUUUGUACAGACAUACGGUCACCUCUAUUUUAAGGUAAUUUCCACUGUCACUUCCGCAACAUUUUUUUGUAUUCCCUACUUUUAAUAAUCUAAAGCUAUAUUGUAAGAAAACUCUUCUUCUGCGUCCAGGCAUGGCAAUGGGUGGAUUGUUGGUGUGCGUCCUCAUGGCAGCGCUAGUGGGUGUUGGUUUGACAUCACCCGUAUCCAAGUCGGAUGGCAACACCGAACAGGGUGGGAUACUGCCACAGCUACUGGCCAGGAGGGAGGCAGUGUGGAAUGCUGCGGAGAACGUCGCUAAGCGGGAGCAAGACGCUCAAAUGAGCAUUGCACGGAUGGCGAGGACGGCGCACCUGUCUGAGGACCAGCGCGAGUUCAUGUCCAAGCAAAUCAAGCAGGCCAUCUCAGGUUUGUAUUGUUCGCAGAGUUGAUGAACGAGUGUCCGGGCCGGGACUACCAAGGAUGGGUCGACUUUGGACGGCGGAGUGCAGAGUAGAGACGUACCAAAGGCCAACUGAGGAAUGUCUGCCUGCACUGGCGUUACUCAGGAAUACAUCCCUAUUUGAAAUAGAUUGUAUAUAUUUUAAUUUGCUUAUAUUGAUUUUUAUCCAAGUGUCAAAAUAAACAUGUUUGCAGUA